AUGUCCUCCACAGGCAAUCAGCAGUCGUCCUCAGGCAAUCAGCAGCAGCAGACCUCCUCGGGCAAUGACAAGCCCAUCAUGGUUACCGGUGCCACCGGUAAGCAGGGAGGUGCUGUAGUCGACGCCCUCCUCGCCCUGAACGACCCCACCAUCACCAUCCUCGCUGUGACCCGCAACCCCGAGUCAGAGGCCUCACAGAAGCUCAUGGCCAAGUCGAAACAGAUUCGCCUCAUCCGCGGCGACCUCAACAACACGUCGCUCACGUACGAGAAUGCCAAAUUUGAGUCACCAAACGGAAAGAUCUGGGGUGUCUUCAGCGUGCAGACUAUGGGCAUGGGCGUCAAGAUUGAGGAUGCGGAGACCGCCGAGGAGACAAAGCAGGGAAUGGGUCUCAUCGACGGUGCGCUCGCCAAUGACGUCAAAAUGUUCGUCUACACGUCUGUUGACCGUGGCGGUGCCGAGAAGUCGUGGGACAACCCGACGUCCGUCCCGCACUUCCGCACGAAGUACCUCAUUGAGCGCUACCUCCGCUCUGAGGCUACGGGUAGGAUGAACUGGACGAUCCUCCGCCCCGUCAUCUUCAUGGACAACAUCGAGAACAAUCUGCCAUCGAAGAUUGUUAUGACCGCGAUCAAGAGCUCGAUUGGCAACAAGUCCAUGCCGUGGAUCGCUACCAAAGACAUUGGCUUCUUCGCCGCCCAGGCGUUUGCCGACACCGACAAGUACAACGGUGUCGCCAUCUCUCUCGCUGGCGACGAGCUCACGUUCGACCAGCUCAACGAGAAGUUCAAGAACUUCACCGGCCACGAUGUUCCGACCACGUUUAGUUUUGUCGGCUCCGCUCUCAACUGGCUGAGCAACGAGAUGGGCCAGAUGUGCAACUGGUUCCGUGACGAGGGAUACUUCACGCCUAACCUCCCCGAGCUCCGAUCCAUCGACCCUCACCUCCUCGACUUCGACACCUGGCUUCGUCAAGAUUCUGACUGGUCUCCUCAGGUUAUGGCCGCGAAAGACGGCACGACCACCACUACGGACGUGGUUGUGGAGGAGAGGACCACCACCGAUGCCCCUCCUAAGUCUAUGGACUACGUGUCGCCCAACUAUCAGUACACCGACGAGCAGAAGCAGAUCUAUGAGCAGGGUCAGCAGGCCGCCGUCGACCAGCACCAGUCUGGUUAA